ACAUACCCUCUGUUGGUGUUGAAAACUUGAUGCUGAACUGCUGCUGUAAACAUGAGCAGACGUCAAAUUUUCUGUAAUAUAAGGUAGGAAAUGGUCGCUUUGGCAGCUUGAAUCCAAGUUGUUCACGAUUCCAACAACAAAAGGCAAUUACUCAAGUUCUUUUAUCGUUUCGCUGAAUUCUUUUGAAUGAUCACUAACUGAAAUAGAAAUUUAUUCCAUUUGAGUUUUCCGGACGGCUCCUUGUUCACGCCAAAUUGUCGCCCAGUCACACUGUUUCUUCAAACUAAUAUAUAAUAAACGUCAUGUGUGAGCAAUAUAGGUGUUGGUAUUGUAUUAGCGACCAACAUAAUUAGGUUUACAAAAGCUAAAUUGUCAUUCGGCCGAAGACUUCAAAGGAGCAUGACGACGAAGGUGCUGAGGUCGCUACAGGUCGUUAAGAAAAGCGGCUCGCUGCAAUGCGUUGUAUGUGGCAGCCGUCGCUACAGCACCAGCACCAACGCUGAGAGCUUCAGCACUAACACUAGCAGCAACACUAGCAGCACCAGCACUAACAGCACCAACACUAGCAGCACCAGCACUUACAGCAGGAAGGAUGCAGAGCUGUUUGACAUCGUGGUGGCAGGAGGCGGCAUGGCGGGCUUUGCAAUGGCCUGCUCCUUAGGCCAGAGCAAGGUGCUGUCAUCGCUACGUGUGCUGGUGCUCGAAGGAGGACCUCACACGGACGCCUCCUUGGAGGCACUGAGCGCCGCACCGCACGACAACCGCGUGUGCGCCAUCGCCCCGCCCUCCGUGCGCCUGCUCGACAAACUGGGCGUCUGGCACGACAUUUGUGGCGUCAGGACCGGCCCUGUCAAGCGCAUGCAGGUUUGGGAUAGCGAAUCGGACGCAAUGAUCGCGUUCGGCGACGGCCAUCGAGCGCUCGCCCACAUCGUCGAGAACCGCGUCACCGUCGCAGCGCUGCGCGCCCGCGUCCCCUCGUCUAUCGAGGUUCGCUACGGGGCACGCGUGCAGAGCUUCGACCUGCCGCCCCCCGCCACCGACGGCCUGCCGCUGCUGACGCUGCGGGACGGCGGCCACAUCCGCGCCAGGUUACUGGUGCGUGGUGCGUCUGUGGUGCGUGGUGCGUCUGUGGUACGUGGUGCGUCUGUGGAGCACCUCGAGGUAUGGACAGUCUGCCGUGGUGGCAACACUGCAGCUCGAGGUACGGACAGUCUGCCGUGGUGGCAACACUGCAGCUCGAGGUACGGACAGUCUGCCGUGGUGGCAACACUGCAGCUCGAGCGAGAAGAAAACGAAAGCAAUAUAACGGCUUGGCAGAAGUUCCUGCCUAACGGACCGCUAGCCAUACUGCCCCUGCGCCACGGCCUCAGUUCGCUGGUGUGGACCACGGCCCCCGGUCACGCUCAGGCUCUCCUCGCUAUGGACGCGCGCAGCUUCGCUGACGCCAUCAACUCGGCCCUGUGGUCUAACGAGCGCGCUCACUCGGCGCCGUGGCUGGAGUCGCUGCAGCGGCGAGGCACGCAGCUCGCUAGGGACGUCGGCCACCUCUUCAGCAGCGCCACGGCUGCGCAGGUUAGUUCUCGCUUGCUGCCGCCCCCCGUGGUGGGUGUGGUGGAAGACUCCCGCGCCUCCUUCCCCCUCGCACUCAACCACGCCGUCCACUACACCGCCAACAGAGUCGUGCUCGUCGGGGACGCCGCCCACCGCGUCCACCCGCUGGCAGGCCAGGGCGCCAACCUCGGCUUUGGGGACGUGGCCGCCCUCACCACCGCCCUCGAGACCUCCCUCCUGCUGGGGGAGACGCUGGGCUCAGCUUCCUGCCUGUACGAAUAUGAGCGCAUCAGGCAGCGGGAGAACCUGGUCAUGUUGGCUGCCAUCGACGCCCUGCAGAAGCUCUACAGCAGCACCGCGCCGCCCCUCGUGCUGCUGCGCGCCCUCGGCCUCGCCGCCGUCGACGCCAUCGCCCCCAUCAAGGAGAAGAUAGAGGCGUACGUGCAGCGAUAGCGGAACAACCGAGUCGGCAGGAGACGUUAUCUUAUAAUUAUUUCUUUAUUCUGUUCAUUUGUUGAUGCAUAAACUAUCACUCUUGAUAUUCAUCAUCGAGCGACGAGAAAAAUCUAUUUCAAUUAUGUUUUGUGCCAUGAGAUAAAUAGACAAAAUAUUAAUGGAAUGUAUUCAAAGACAAGAACACAAACCUUUACAAAUAAAAAUGAAAAACCUAA